UUUUUUUUUUCUUCCUGUCAGGUUCAGUUCAUUUCCUUUUAGCAGUUAUUUUUUUUCACCGUUUAAUCAGUUUAUUGUUUCAUGUAGCAGCUGGUUGUUCCGUGUGGCACCUGGACCGACCGCUCCUCAUCUGUCUGCCCGUCGAACCGGAUCGUUUUUCGAUGUGAAAAACGAGUCGGAAGAGGCGAGUUAGCCUCUCAUGCUAACAGCUGUUAGCUUCCAGGAGGAGAGACGCUUUCGCUGCCCGUGAGGCUGACAGCCUGCCGGAGAGGAGAGGAGAGGGGAGGACGCAGCUGGAGGUUCUGUGGUCCACGAUCGUCCCGCCUGAGCUUUAGACGAUGUUUCCACCUCCCAGGAAGGACUUCAUUGCUUUGACCCUCGGCGAUGCCCACAGCCACGCUUACAACAACGCCAAACACCGGAGACAGUCCUGCUGGAGGAAAUGGAAGCGCCUGCCUCGGCUGCAGCGGAGCCUCAUCCUCUUCCUGCUGGCUCUGCUGCUGAUCUUAGCUCUGCUGUCCUACUCCAGCAUCGCUGAGCAGUGGAGAGGCCUGUCUGAUAAGGAGGACUGGUUGGAGCUCAACGACAGAAACUUGAAUUUUCCCGUGGCCCAAAAUCCAGCUGCAGGUAAACCUCCAGCUCCUGUGGUGGGACCAGAUCUGGGACAAGCCGAGGGUCCAGAUGAGCCCAGAGGACCAAACGUCCCUGUUUUGUCUAAAGCUCCACCAAAGAAAAAGMUUUUCUCAAACAGAAGAGGCCCGCCCAGCCUGCGUAAAGAUGGAAACCUUCCAGCCACUAAAGCUGAAGAAAACCCCAAACAGCAGCUGGUUCCAGAGGAAGGAGGCGAGGAGGAGGAGAAGAAAGUUGUCAGCUGGAGAGGAGCCAUGAUCGAAGCCGACCAGGCCACGGACGCCCCGCCCUCAGCCAAUGAGAAGGAAGCUGCAGCMCCUGGCAACCCUGCAGCACCUGGCAACCCUGCAGCCACAGACCUGGAAGCAGGAACUCCAGACCGGCUGGAGGCGGUGCGCGACGCCUUCAGACACGCCUGGAAGGGCUACAAGGACCACGCCUGGGGUCACGAUGAGCUGAAGCCCAUCUCCAAGUCUUUCGGGGAGUGGUUCGGACUCGGWCUGACGCUGAUCGACUCUUUAGACACCAUGUGGAUCAUGGGACUAAAGGAAGAGUUUGCAGAAGCCAGGAGCUGGGUGGAGAAGGAUCUUUCCUUCAACAAAAACGUUGACGUGAAUCUGUUUGAAACAACCAUACGUGUCCUGGGGGGUCUGCUGAGCUGCUACCACCUCACAAAAGACCAGCUCUUCUUGGAGAAAGCU